AUGGAAAGAUAUAAUCUCACACAUGUCUCAGAGUUUUACCUCAUGAGCUUCUCAGAGGAUCCGGACCUGCAGCCCAUCCUCUUUGGACUGUUCCUGUCCAUGUAUCUGGUCGCAGUGCUCGGGAACCUGCUCAUCAUCCUGGCCGUCACCUCUGACUCUCACCUCCACACCCCCAUGUACUUCUUUCUCUCCAACCUGUCCUUGGCUGACAUUGGUUUCACCUCCUCUACAGUCCCAAAAUUGGUCGUGGACAUCCUAACUCACAGCAGAGUCAUAUCCUAUGCAGCCUGCCUGACACAGUUGUCUGCCUUUCUCUUUUUUGGUUGUAUGGACAGCAUGCUUCUGACUGUGAUGGCCUGUGACCGCUUUGUGGCCAUCUGCCACCCCCUGCACUAUGCGGUCAUUAUGAACCCUCACAGCUGUCACUUAUUACUUUUGCUGUCAGUCUUUGUUAGUAUUUUGGAUUCCCAGCUGCAGAAUUUCACUGCCUUACAAGUUUCCUGUUUCAAAGAUGUAGGAAUAGCUAGUUUCUUUUGUGAAACUUCCAAAUUCCUUGACCUUUCAUGUUCUGACACCAUCAUAAAAAACAUAGUCACUUAUAUGGUUGGUGUCCUAUUUGGUUUUUUGCCCGUGUCAGGGAUCAUUUUCUCCUACUAUAAAAUUGUUUCUGUCCUUCUGAAAAUCCCAUCAUCUGCGGGGAGAUCCAAAGCCUUCUCUACCUGUAGUUCUCACCUGUCAGUUGUUUGCUUAUUCUAUGGAACAGGCAUUGGAACAUAUCGUGGUUCAAAUCCAUCAUAUUCUCCCAGAAAGGGCAUGGUGGCUUCACUGAUGUACACUGUGGUAACCCCAAUGCUGAAUCCCUUCAUCUACAGCCUGAGGAACAAGGACAUCAGCAGCACCCUCAAGAGGCUCCACUUUUGGAAAAUCUAA